CAUUCGCUCUCAGUCUUACUUUACACUUUUGAGACUCCAAUUCCUGAGUUCAGUUACAAACUUGUGAGCAUUGUUACUCUCAUUCUAAUCUGCAGAAUACUCUUACUUUUCCUUGAUAUCACCAUGAACAAAGUGGGUGAAGCUUUUCUGUCUGGUUUCAUCACUGUUCUCCUGGAGAGGUUCAUUUCAGCUGAGACUUACAACUUGGUGGUGGGGAAGAAGCUUGGUCCUGAGUUGGAGAGAAGGCUGAAGACUGCUCUCUUGGCUGCUGAAGCUCUGGUUGCUGACGCCGAGCAGAAGCAGUUUGGUAACCAAUUUGUGAGGAAGUGGCUGGAUGAUCUGAGGGAUGCUGUCUACAAGGCUGAUGACUUGCUGGACCGUUUCUGCAUCAAAGCUGCAACUCAGAAGAAGGUAGGAACUUUCUUGCGUAGCUUCCUCAAUUUUGAAGAAAGGCAGAUGGUCAAUGAGAUAGAAGAGGUGGUUAGAACCAUUGAAGAUCUUGAGAGAUGCAAAGAAAGCCUUGGCCUUGAAAAGAUUCCCUCUGGUAGCUCCUCAUGGAGAGUUCCAUCCACUUCUCUUGCAAGAGGGAAUGUGUAUGGCAGGGAGGAUGACCAGAAGGCCUUAGUCCAGAUGCUGAAUGACAACAAAGAGCAUCACCUCUCUGUGAUCUCUAUUGUUGGCAUUGGUGGGGUUGGUAAAACAACUUUAGCCCAAUGGGUGUACAACUUCAUGAAGGGAUUUGAUCUGAAGGCAUGGGUUUGUGUUUCAGAAAAUUUUGAUAUUGUUGAGAUUACAAGGAAUGUCAUGAAGGGGAUCCUUGGAGGUACUUGUAGUCUCGACGAUUUCAAUUCACUUCAACAUUCUUUGAAAGAAAAAUUGUUGAAUAAGAAGUUCUUUGUUGUCUUGGAUGAUGUUUGGAGUAAUGAUCAACAUCAAUGGAGAAAUUUUAUAACCCCUUUUCAAUACGGGGCUAAGGGAAGUACUAUUCUUCUCACUACUCGCAAGGAAAAUGUUGGUUUAGUUGCUCAAACAAAUUAUCAACCUCUCGUCCUCAACACGUUGUCAGAAGAUCAAUGUUGGUCGGUGUUUGCAUCUAGUGCAUCUUUUCCAGAAUCAAAUGGGAGCCCUGCACUUGAAGAAAUAGGCAAAAAGAUAGCUAAGAAGUGUGAUGGUCUGCCAUUAGCAGCAGAAACACUUGGUUGCUUGUGCAGAAACCAUGACGCUGAGGAGUGGGGGGAAAUAUUAAAGAGUGAUAUUUGGGAGUUUUCUACGAAUGACAGUAAGAUAAUCCCAGCAUUAUUAAUAAGCUACUAUCAUCUCCCUCCAUAUUUGAAACGUUGUUUUGUUUAUUGCUCAUUGUUUCCCAAAGAUUAUCAAUUUGAGAAAGACGAAUUAAUCUUGUUGUGGAUGGCAGAAGAUCUAUUACGGGUAUCAAAUAGAAGAGAGACUUUAGAAGAAGUUGGUAGCAAAUAUUUUGACGAUUUAGCUUCUAGAUUAAUUUUUAAAAAGCAUCACCAUGACUAUUUUGUGAUGCAUGAUCUCUUACAUGACUUGGCAAUAUUCCUUGCUGGAGAUUUCUACUGUAGAUUAGAUGAACUUGGUGAAGAAGAGGUGUUGAGGAGUCUUACUCGUCAUUUGAAAUCUGGAAAAUUUUCAGUCUCAAAAACUUUUAAUUCCAUUGUUACACUGGAAUCUUUGAGGACAUCCUUGUAUGUCAACGAUUUGUUUAGCAUGGAAAGCAUAGCAUCAAAGUUUAAAUACUUGCGAGUUUUAUCAUUUACAAAACUUGAUGUGGUGCCUAAUUCAAUAGGAGAAUUGAUCCAUCUGCGCUACUUGGACCUCUCUUGGACUUAUAUUAAGACGUUGCCAGAGUCUUUGUGCAGCUUGUGUAAUUUGCAAACACUGAAAUUGUAUUAUUGUCGUAAGCUAGCUACGCUGCCUAGUGGUUUGCAUAAUCUUGUGAGUUUGCGGCAUCUUGAUAUUAGAGGAACUUCUUUGGAAGAAAUGCCCGGAAAAAUGAGCAAAUUGAAUCAAUUGCACAUUCUAAGUUACUUUGUUGUUGGCAAGUACGAAGACAAUGGAAUCCAGGAGUUAGGAGGGCUGGUAAAUCUUCAUGGAUCCGUUGAGAUUAAGAAGUUGGAGAAUAUUGUUGAUGUGAAAGAAGCAAUGAGGGCAAAGAUAAUGGAUAAGAAGCACAUUGAUGAAUUAUGUUUGGAAUGGUCUUCAGGUGAUGAUUUGGUUUCAAGUACACAAAAAGAAAGAGACAUCCUCGAUAAGUUGCAACCGCGCAGUGGGUUGAAAGUGUUGAGAAUAUGGGGAUACAAGGGUACAAUAUUUCCAGAUUGGUUGGGGAACUGUUCCUACGAAAACAUGACACGUGUAUCUCUAAAGUCUUGCAAGAAUUGCUGCAUGCUGCCUUCACUUGGACAGCUGCCAUCUCUCAAGUUGCUGCGCAUUCGAGGUUUCGGUCAGCUGAGGAGUAUUGGCGAGGAGUUUUACAAGAAUGAAGGAGAUCAUCAUUCUUCGCGUAUUGCACCGUUUCCCUCACUGGAGACUUUGGAGUUUGAUAACAUGGCAUGUUGGGAGGUGUGGCACGUGUCUGAAUCGGAAACUUUUCCUCAACUUAGGAAGCUUCAAAUAACAAAUUGCCCAAUGUUGAAGGAAGAGAUGCUUAAUCAGGUAUUCUUCAGAAUAGUUUCUUCUUUGUCGGAUGUUUCCAAAGUUCGCAAACUACUUAUAGGUGACCACAUAAGACGGCACACCGAGGCCAUGUUUCUUGAUGGGGAUACUUUAACAAUUAGGGGAAGUGAAUCUGUGAUGGAGUCUGCAUUUAAGGCAAUGAUCAGCAUCAACCAUCUACGUUGCCUCCAACAAAUACACAUCUUGAGGUGUAGAAAACUAGAAUUCCCCCAGCUACAGCCGCACAAGUAUCAUUUGGUUGAGCUACAAAUUCAUGACAGCUGUGAUUCACUGACCUCCUUGUCGUUGGAUGUCUUUCCCAAUCUCAAGAAUCUCCAGAUAGAUAGGUGUAGGAAUCUGGAAUCAGUGUCAAUGUCAGAGGCACCACACGCUGCUCUUCAACGUCUCUCCAUCAGUGGAUGCUCCAAAUUAGUGUCAUUUGCAGGAGAAGGACUGGAUGCACCCAAAUUGACUCAUCUUCAAGUCAGCUUCUGCUCAAAGUUGAAGGCAUUACCACGUGACAUGAAGAGUCCACUUCCAAGUUUACACUCUCUCAAGAUAAAGGGUUGCCCAAACAUAUGCAGGUUGGGAGAGGGUGGUUUGCCGCCUAACUUGAAAUCACUUGAAGUGGGAAUUUGCGAACAACAAAUGAGGGAUCUAUCAUGGAUGGGCAACUUGCACGCCCUCACUCAUCUCACAAUUUAUGGUUAUGGGUGUAAGAACAUAAAGUCAUACCCAGAGGUGGGUUCGCUGCCUCACCUUCCCUCCCUUACCACUCUUGAGAUAUGGCACUUCCAUAAUCUGGAGACAUUGGAGUGCAACGAGCUUCUCCGCCUCACCUCCCUUCAACAACUACACAUUUCAUUCUGCAACAAGCUGAAGGAUAUGGAAGGAGAAAAGCUGCCUACCUCUCUCUUGCUACUUCAACUUACAAGGUGUGGUUUGCUGGGAGAACACUCCAAGAACAAGCAUCAACUGAUCUGGCCCAAAAUUUCCCACAUCCCCACCAUUAAAUUUUCUGAAUAG